AGACUUCGUUCCUAGGCAAGCUAUAGGUUUGGCUCCUCAAAAGGAAGAUCAGGUCCCAUAGACCCAUUUCCACUAUAAAAUUUGGAUUCCUCCUCUCUUUAUCCCCUUAAUUUCUAUUGAUCCCCUCCUUUCUAUCGUUCUCCUCCACCUUUCUUGUGCUUACAAGCUUCCCUCUCUCUCUCCCUCUCUGCCUUCUUUCUUUGAGAUCCUUGUCUCUCUCCUAUUCAUAGUCAAGUUGCUGGCACUGUUGCUUGUGUAAUCCAUGCUCCAUAGUGUUUGCAAGAGAUCGAUCAUGGUGGAGCGUGGUCUGAAAUCAGAGCAAGGUGACUUGUUCUUGCCACCCGGGUUCAGGUUCCAUCCCACAGACGAGGAGGUCAUCACAAGCUAUCUCCUGCAGAAGUUCUUGAACCCAAACAUGGACCCGCGGGCCAUCGGGGAGGUGGAUCUCAACAAGUGCGAGCCAUGGGAUCUCCCAAGCAAGGCGAAGAUGGGGGAGAAGGAGUGGUACUUCUUCUACCACAAGGACAUGAAAUACCCGACAGGCAUGCGCACCAACCGUGCCACCAAGGAGGGCUACUGGAAGGCCACCGGGAAGGACAGGCAGAUCUUCAAGCCAGCUUCAGGUUCAGCUUCUGCUGGUGGAGGUAGAGGGGGCGAACUGGUGGGGAUGAAGAAGACGCUGGUGUUCUACAUGGGUAGGGCUCCAAGGGGAUCCAAUACCAACUGGGUCAUGCACGAGUACCGCCUCGAGGGCAAGUCCAGGGACAACAACGCAAACCUACGAUUCAAUCCCAAGGAUGAAUGGGUUGUGUGCAAGGUGUUCCACAAGAAAGGGGAAGCCAACAAGGACGCCGUGGAGAACUCUGCCGGAACGCUCAACGUCAGCUCGGUGUCGGUCGAUGCCGGCGAGGGCGACGACGAGUUGCUUGACUCCAUGGUCGAUCCCAUGUACUUCAACUCCGUGGGUAGCUUGCCCUUGCCCAACACGAUGACCAUCAACGCCGCGGCGGCGCCGUACAACGCGGAUCACUACUCAAUUGCUGCCGCCGCCGCCGCCGCGGGAUCCACGACUAGGAGUAACUUCGUCGACCUUCCUAACAAUUACAGCCUCAAUAACACAACAAGCAGCGACAUGCUGGCCGGUUCGUCGGUUCCAACAAGUCGCAGAAGCAACAGCGCCUCCUGGGAUAUGCUUCAUGCACCCCGCACGAUGGGAGGCUACGAUUUGCAUCAACAGUAUGAUGAUCAUCAUCAGGCAAUGAUGGUGAAAGCCCUAGGAGCGGCCAUGGCACCAAAUUUUGCUGCCGUGUCCAAGGGUUUAUCGCCGGUGACUGGAGGUUUGGAGCAGAAGCCGCUCAGCUUGCCGCAGAACAAGCUCGGGAGCUUUGGUCAUACUUGGUACUACUAGUGCUUCUGUUACUGCUGCUACAAUUAAUGGACCAGCUGCUAAGAAUUUUGGUGCAUGAUCGGCAUCGGCUAGGCCGGCGCUACUGAAUGGGAAUGGUUGUUUUAGUAAUUUUCUGGCCGUUUUGUUGGUUGGUUAAUUCAUUAGUUAGUUCGUACACUGAGAGGCCAUAUAGUUUGUUUUAGGUCAUGUAAAAAGGACAAUGUUGGUUUGUUUCUGAGAUUUUGUUCGUUGCUGCUGCCGAUAUUGUUACGGUACACAGGCUUGUGAUUAAUGGUAGCUUCUUUUACUUAGUCUAUAACUUUACCCUUGGUGAAGUACUGAAUUCUUUGAAACCUGGUACGAAAAUUAGAUUGUAAAAAAUCUUGGUGCAACGCAACCUAGCUUACUAUGAAAGAAUAGCGGUUUAAUUAUCAAUUUGUCAAUAAUAAUUGAAGAUGCAACCAUAUAAUCUUGGCG